GAAUUGGAUCAAAUAACCAGGUGGUGUCUCUCUUGUGGAGCUGACACUUUCAAUACUCCUCCAGAGGUGGCAGAUCUGUCAGGCUGUGUCCCUGUUGCAUCAAAGUUGAUUGCAGAGAUCAAGCCUCGGUAUCAGUUACACCUUGUGGGAUGCUAAACAGUGGCCAGCAGCUGUGGGCUCUGCGUGCAGAAAGGCAAUAUCGCCAAUUCAAUCAAAGGGGGCUGCUAUUCUUACUGGACUGCAAGCUGCAAAGGGGAGGGGCAAAUUCAGAUCAGGAUCAGCUUUUGAACCAUUCGCUGCUUAAGGAAGGAUUCAACCAGCGACAGGAUCAAACAAUCUUUGGAAUGGCCAAACUGCAGCAGAGGAGUGGUUGACCGGAGUUGGCCCGCCAUGGCCUCUGGAUGUCUGUCCAAUGAUGAGGCAGGUAUUUGGGCAAGUAAGGAAAAGGGAGUCGUCAAGGUUCUUGCAGCACAACAAACAAGGAAGCGUGGGCACGUGUACGACGAAUGGUGCUUCUUAACCUCCUCCGGACGCACCCCGGAUCAAGAUUCAAAAUAGCAAGGUAACAACCCACGCACAACACGACUCUUUCCCCCCCCUCUCUCUCUCUCCUCUCUCUCUCUCUCUCUCUCCCUUUCACACAGUCAUCACCCUCUCUCCUCCGAGAUUUAUUCUGUUGUGAUAUCGUCCUCGUCCCUUUCCUUGAGAACCGCUCCCCCUCCGCUUCCAAACCUCUCCUUCUUCUCCGCCUGCUUUCCGUUCAUGGGCUCGCUUUGCUGCCCGCCACCCCACCAUCCGCCCCGCCCUACGACCCUGCCGACCGAUCCGAUCGUUGCCAAGAAUCGCCGCACCAACAACCAUCACAGCAACAACAACCAAAAUAUCCUCCUCCUCCUCUUCCUCCUCUUCCUCGUCCUCCGGGUGGUGGGUGCGUGUGCCACCUUCAUCGCCACACCCCUCGAUCCUAUCAUGACCUCCGCCACCACAUCCAAUACAACUGCCACCAACACCAGCGCCAGCAGCAGCAGCAACAAUAAGAGCUCCUCCUCCCAGCCCGCCGCUAACUCCGCCUGCGCAGCCUGCAAAUACCAGCGCCGCAAGUGCAAACCCGACUGCCUCCUCGCUCCUUACUUCCCCGCCAACCAGCAGCAGAAGUUCCUCAACGCUCACCGUCUCUUCGGCGUCAGUAACAUCGUCAAGAUAAUCCGCGACCUCGACCCCUUCCAGCGCAACGAGGCCAUGAGCACCAUCAUCUACCAGUCCGACAUGCGCGCCCAUGAUCCCGUCGGCGGCUGCUACAGAUACAUCCGUGAUCUCGAGCGCCAGAUCGAUCACGACUCUACAGAACUCGCGUUCGUGCUUAGACAGCUUGCACUCUGUCGUGCGCACACAGCUCAGACCAUUACACCAGGAAUUCCUACCCUCGCACCUGAUCUGGAUGUAAACCCUAAUUUGCUUCUUAAUACACCCACCGAUGACACCGAGAAUGUGAUAUAUGAUGCCAACCUUUUCCCUUCGAUGAAUCAGCCGCAAGACCAGCAGCAGUACUACAAUUACCUCUGCUAUGACAGUGGCAUUUCUAGAGAUCCAAACAACGAUCCGAAUGCCAGUAGUAACAGCAACAGUGUUAACAACAAUGUUUUGAGUCUACAGCAGCAACAACAUCAUCAUCAUCAUCAUCAUCAUCCGCAAUCAGUGGUGCAGGAUGAGGAUGUUAAGCCUCUGGUAGAUAUGUUUGAGAUUAGGCAGACAUUGAUAGGAGGGGAUGAUGAGGGAGAUUCUAGAAUCAAUACGACUAACGAGGUCGGGCAUCUGCAUUGCAGCACAAAUUUGGAGCUUAGAGAUGAGACUAAUCAAGUGGAACACACGCAGGAACAUGAUUUGAAAGGUGCUGCAUCCUUGUUUACCCUAACCAAUUGUACUUCCUCAGGUUCAUAAUUCCCUUUUCUUGCUUAUUUCUCCUUUUCGUUUGAUUUUUUUAUUUUACAUAAAAUUCGACGAUAGCCCUUUUUUAUUUUGUAAUUUUGCUGUUAUGUUAUCGGCGGACAUAGAAUUAAUUGAAAGGAUGUGUGACAGGAAGCCAUAACCUGUAUACGGAGGUGUUUUUGUCUGAGAAAUUCACUCUUUGAUUGAAGAUGAUAGCUUUCAUGUUCCCUUUUUUCUCUCUAUGGAACUACUUACCAUAUGGAUAUUAGUGAUUGGGAUUU